AUGAAGUUCGGAGAAUGUCUAGUGCUAGUUGCACUUGCUUUCAUAUUUGAGACAUGGAUGCAUAAUAUGAGCAGUGCUCAUGGCAAGACGCUGAAACCAGGUGUUUACAAAACCCUGCAAACGAAGGGAUCGGCUGGCAAAUUGAUAGCUGACUUCACCACGAAGCUUAAGCCAGACAGACCUACAUUCCACGUGGCAGAGGUGGACCUUUAUCGCGGUGAGAGCAUUACCAUCACGUGCCCGAACGCGGAAGGAGGCGCCAACUUCUACCCAAGCAAAUUAACCACCUACUAUACGUCACCCCCUCGUGGUGGUGCUCAUCUUGAAUCAUCGCCAUACACCAAGGCGGACAUAGACAACGAGCUUCUGUCGUUUGCUGAUGAAAGGCUGGGGUUCCUGGAUGAUAUCAACGAUUCGCUGAUUCUCAUGCCGUAUUGCGACACGUCAAGGCGGCUGUCAUUCCUAUGGACCGGAGAGCCACUACGAAAACUUUCCACAAUGUAUUUUGUGUGCCUGAAUGAAUGUCACAGGCGGGAAAUAUACACCCCGUCGGCGCUCAUUGCCGUCCGAGCCAUACCCGACCGACCCAUCAUAGUGGAAAAUCUAAUUCAAAUCAGCCAGAUUGAAGCCCUUCCCCAAAAUCACGAUCUGGUUUAUACGAAGGAAUAUUCCCCGGUUGACAAACUAGUAGCACUGUGCAAGGCCGAAGGAGACGAAAAGGGGAUAGGGGUUUGGACACCAGUCGACCAUGGAGCAAUGCAGCACAAUAUAUUACAUUCGGACGGGAUCAGUAAUUCCCGUCUUAAUCCAAAAUGGGAAGAAGCGGUUUCGCUACUCAACGUGACCGUGAAUUUGAAACAUAUCGAUGUAGGGAACCUAACCGUAAAGAGCCGAGACUUGUCCUCGCUCUUUCGCGUGUUCCACGGGAGCUUUUAUCUGAGCUGCACGUCAAGCAAGCAACAAUCAGAAAGACUGUUCCAUCUUGUUUCCAACACCGUCUCAGUCAUAGACGUCAUCAAACCAAGUCCUCGGGCGACGUCGGAUAGUGAGGUGACCCACCAACUGAACGCGGUGCAGCAUCACGAAUAUAACUUGACCCAUGCGAGAGCCGUGUCCUUGUUCUGCCCACUCGAAACGCACACGUUGUGGCCUCCGAGUCUUCUAACGGCUGCCGCAGAAAAAUUCGUGAUAGAUAUGCGCCUCAUGUUUCCUAGUACGCACUUGUCGAAGCGAGGGGAUUACCUCAUGGUCAUUGAUUUCUCCAACAGCUCGGCGCUCGAGGACAUGAAGCUAAAUAUAAGCUGCAAGAGCAGAAGCCCAGCAUACACCUCAUACAUUUUCACGCUGAGCAAUACAAAGAUGUGCCUGUUCGAUGAUAACAUGGAGCAUUGGCGGCCUUGCAAGGUCAUCCUACGCCCCUCUGAGGAGUUGAUCAUCAGGUGCCCCCGCAGAUCUGAGAAGGAGUACUACCCGCUACAACCGGAAGACCCCAGAGAGGGCUACAUAAAGGUUGAUGACGACUACGUCACCGAUAGACAUGGUGCAAUUACAAGGACGCUAGUGACAAACCCCAGAGGAGAUACGCACAAAAUUGUGUUCAGUGGCAUCCAUGAUCGCAGCCCCAUCAGAGACGAAAUUCACUUCGAAUGCAGCAGCCAUCAACGUGACUAUUCCAUAACCGAGAACAGUGCCAUCGUGAUAAUCAAACUGGUGGGGAAUUUCGAGGAGUUUGACAGUUCGGGCAAAAUUAUAAUACCAGAUGACGCUAUAUUAAAACCAGCGGAUGGGCCCAAGCUGUUCCACAUCUCUCUGGAUCCGGGGCAAAAACGACGGAUAGACUGCUCCGACUUUUUUAUCGACCGGCCAGCUACCCGGUUGUACCCGAACAACGAGUGGGAAGUGUUCGACGACAUACCGCGGUUCUACCCAGGUGUCCUCGCGGACAAAAUUCGUGGCAGGCCAGUCUACGCCACCAGGGCCAUGUAUGGGCUGACUAUGGUGAAACAACCAAAAGCCCUAACAUCGUCCGUCGAGCUGUACCUAGACCCCGAUUACAAACUGUCGUCGAGAAGCGACAAUGCAAUGUACUUUCUGUGCGCAAGGAACAAUUCUUGGGACGACCUGCACAGCGAUGUCGCCGUCGUACAGGUAUACAUACAGAGCAACACUUCCAACUACUACGGGGUGAGUGCCGAAGACGCAUUGUUUCGGCUUGACUAUGCCUACGCAAGGAGCACUUACAGGAGUGCAACAUUCAACAUCGCCGAACACAAUAUAGUGGCAUUGCACUGCCCGAAAGGGCCGGAGGAUAAAACUCUGCCCGCAUGUCAUGACAUUAACGCGCCAUCAGUAGGUGCACAAAACGCUGCUACGGAAGCCGCGGCGGAUUCAAGUCGCUGUGCAAACAUCUCACGGAACAUGUCCAGAAACGAAUCCCAGGUUCGACGCGUGAGUGCCGCUGCUCGACUUCACAAGAGACUGCACGGUGGAUCCUAA